CUGGUGCGUAGAAUUAUUAGUCCGAAAACCUCCCAAAGUGUGUGCCUAAACCCUUUCACAGUUGGAAUUUUUGCUUUGACGAACGAACCCAAGCCCUAGCGUUGAGCACACGACCAUCAGCCUCCCGUUGCUCCUGUUUCUUUCUCACUCUCAUUUCUCUACGCCAUUCAGCCGGUAAGGCAACUGCGCCGCUUUCCUUUUCUCCGGCCACAAAUUCACGCCAAAAUGGAAAGCCAUUUACUCUAGAAUCGAGAAAUGUCGUUCCAUAGAGGAAUUGAUGUGUUGGAAUUCUUGGCGAUCAUCUAGACACGAAUGUUGUACCUGUGCGUCCUUUAAUUCUAAAAGACUGGUAUGGUGAUGUUGUCAUUCAGAAAAACAGAUGGGACGAAAUGUUUCAGAUGACCCAGAAUCUCCAGGUAGGGUGCGGCGAUCUUCUCCUAGAAGGAGUCCUUCCCGCAGAGGAAGAUCACCUACUCGGCACAAGAGCUCCCAUAAUGGCAGUUCUCCAGCAAGAGACAAGCAUUCUAGUCGCGCUAAAUCUCCAAAGCAUGGGAGGUCAAGUUCUCCAAGAACUCGGUCUCCUUCUCCAAGGACCAAACGAUUGAGGAGAGCUGCUGAAAAAGUUCCGGAUAAAUCAAGUGAUAGAGAUCAUGAAAGGAACCGUGGCAGGGGUAGUGAUAAAGAAGCUCAUCGGGAAAGAGUCUCUGAUAGGGAAUUAGGGGGAGAGAGAAAGGAGAGGAGUUCUAGACAGGAUGUUAAGGAUGGAAAAUCUUCCAGGUCAAGACAUGGAAAUUCUUCUUCUCCAUCAGAACGCCACCAAAGGAACCGCCAUAGGUCCCCAUCACCCCAGCCUGAUGCCAAAAAUCAUGAUGAGGUGUCUGUUGUCUUUGCUUUAAAAUUUAUAUGGAGUACAACAUCUAAUUGUCAUCUAACUUUCCAGGGGAGAAAUUCAAGAAGACCUGAAAGCCGGAGUGAUGACGAUGAUUCAGUGGCGAAGAUGAAGGCUGCCGAGCAAGCUUUAGAAGCUAAGCAGAAGGACAAACCUUCCUUUGAGCUAUCUGGAAAGCUUGCAGCAGAAACUAAUAGAGUCAGAGGUAUUACGUUGCUGUUUAAUGAACCUCCAGAUGCUAGAAAACCUGAUGUAAGAUGGCGGCUUUAUGUUUUUAAGGCUGGAGAAGUGCUGAAUGAGCCUCUUUAUAUACAUCGUCAAAGCUGUUACCUUUUUGGGAGAGAAAGAAGAGUGGCAGACAUUCCUACCGAUCAUCCGUCUUGCAGCAAGCAACAUGCUGUCAUCCAGUUUAGGCAAGUAGAGAAGGAGCAAUCUGAUGGUACAUUGUCAAAACAAGUAAGGCCUUAUUUGAUGGAUCUAGGAAGCACAAAUAAGACUUAUAUCAACGAUGCUGCAAUUGAACCACAACGUUACUAUGAACUUUUUGAAAAAGACACUGUAAGAUUCGGCAAUAGUAGUCGAGAAUAUGUUCUGUUGCAUGAGAAGUCAGCUGGAUGAUAAGCCUCGAAUUUAGUUUAGCGUCUGUCAAUUCAUCCGGUGGGGAAUAUGUUUCCUUUUCAUUGAGGCUCCAGAGAUGUUCCCAUCAUCAGGAUGUUGCGGGUAAUUGGCAAACCAUUCUAGAUUUGUCUUUGUAAUCAAUACCUUCAAAGAAAGUAUUUUUAUGCUAUGUCCUAUUAAAAAUGUCUUCAACUGAACUGAAAAGUGAUGCAUUUUCAAGUCUAUUAAUAGUAAAAUUUUGAUAUCUCUUAGCGCUA